UGCCGCCAGGCAGCGAGGCAAGAAGAUGGAGUACUUAGAGAUGUGCACCCGUAAAAACAUGCUCAGUGUGGCCACAGGAGCCGGGGCCAUCUAUCUGCUUUACAAGACCAUCCGAGCAGGACUGAACAGCCCCUCCUUAAGCCUGGAGCCUGUCAGCAUAGCCAGACUCGCCAUCGAGCCAGGGAAUUUUGGUGUGAAAGAUUCUGGGGAACUGCGGAAGCUCCUGGUUUCCCUGAGCCGGAAGCAGGACGAUUACGCCAAGAGCAUGAUAUUACACAGCAUCACCCGCUGUGUUUACCUGCUGGAGUCGGAGGCCUCAGCCUGUACCUAUGAGGACAUCAGACUGGUGGCCUCAGCCUUGGAUGACAAAGAUAAAGGCAUCAAAAUCCAGGCGUUGAAUGCCCUCAAGGCAUUUGCUGGUAUCCGGAAGUUUAGAAUUAAAAUCCAGGAGUUCGUGCCCAAGAUCCUGGAGCUGGUCACCACCAUCUGGGACACGGAGCUGCACAUUGCUGGGCUGAGGCUGCUGAAUGGCUUGCCCUUGCCGGAUCACACCCACCCGCUCCUGAGACGGAUGAUAUCUUCCUUGAUGGAGAUCCUGCAGACGGGGAGCACUUUGACCCAGGUGCAGAUGCUCAAGCUGCUGAGCAACCUGGCUCAGAAAGAAGACCUUCUGUAUGACAUCAUGAACUGCCAGGUGCACCCCGACUUCCUGAACCUCUUCCACGCCUCGCUGCCUGGCAACCUGCUCUAUGAGAUGUUGGUGUUCGUGGAGAAGCUGAGUGAGGGGCGCCUGACCCCGCAGUACCAGUCGGUGCACUGGGAGUACAACGAGCUGUCCCUCCACGAGGCGCUCUUCGGAGAGGACUCCCGCUUGGCCGACCGUCUGCUCUCCCUCAUCAUCCACCCGGAGGAGGAGGUACAGAUCCAGGCCUGCAAGGUCAUUCUGAGCCUCCAGCUCUGCAAGGAAGAGGAGGUCAAAUGCAGCAGGCAGCACGUCGAAUGCUCCUCCUUCGAUGAGGAUGACAACCCCUGAGCUGGCUCGCGGCGGGGACAGGGUAGAACCAGAUCAGACCAGAAGAAUCACCAGAGGCUAAUAAAAA